AUGUCUAUCUGUAUGUACUUUUCUUUAGGUGGAUAUUAUCAAGGUGAUAUAAAACUUCCUGUAUUGUCACAUGGUGUAGCUAAGCGUGGUGUAGCUAUGCGUGGUAGUUAUGUUCGUUGGCCAAAUGGAAUUGUACCAUAUGUCAUUUCAUCAGAUUAUGCAAGUACAGAACAAAAUGCAAUCGUUUAUGCAAUGCGGUUGUUGGAAAAUCUAACAGCAGUUAAUAAUGUACCUUGUGUACAAUUUCGUGACAAAGUGGCAGCAGAUGGUGAUUAUUAUAUAACAAUUUAUAAUGGUUCAGGCUGUAGUUCUUAUGUUGGACGAUACACAGGAUAUACUUUAAAUCGUACAGUUACUUUACAACAUCCUGGUUGUAUAUACAAUGGAACAAUUAUGCAUGAACUUAUACAUACAUUAGGAUUCUUCCAUGAACAAUCACGUCCAGAUCGUGAUAAUUAUGUAAAAGUAAUUUAUGAUACAAUAAUACCAGGUCUGGAACAUAAUUUUGACAAGUAUAAUGAUAGCGAAGUGGACACUUUGAAUACUCCAUAUGAUUAUGGAUCUGUUAUGCACUAUGGCAGAGAUUAUUUUAGUAUAAAUGGUUCGGAUACGCUAGUACCUCUAGACCCGACUGCGAUUAUUGGACAACGUGAUACUUUAAGUCCAAUUGACAUCGAAGAGAUUCAAAUUUUUUAUGGCUGUAUUCCACCUAUAACCACAACAACAAGCACUACAACUACAACGAGCAUCUCUACUACAACAAGCACUACUACUACAGCAAGCACCACAACUACAGAGAGCACUACUACUACAACGAUCCCUAUUACUACAACGAUCACUACUGAUACAAUGAGUACCACUGUCACAACAAGCAUCACCAUUACAACAAGUACUACUACUAAAAUUGGGGCUACCAAUAUAACAAAUGCUGGCAAUUCAACAGCAGUCAAUAAAAUCACAAUAACAGUAGCCACUACUGUUGCUACUACCCGAGCAGCAGUCACUAAUAAUGAUGAUCAUAAUGACAGUGGAAACAUUGGUAUUAUAGUUGGUAGCGUUGUUGGUGGCGUAGUUUUUGUCGUUUUUCUAGUUGGUGUGAUAGGUAUUUGUUGUUGUUUAUAUUUUUGUAAGGGCUCACCUCUUCGCUCAAAUAAAGCAUAUGUUCGCGAUGGAUUACGUGCACAAAAGGAUUUGGGCAAUGCUAUUUUUCAGCCUAGUGCAUUGGCUGGCUAUUUUUACAAAGAUGGUGUAUGGCAAGGUCCUCAUGACUUAACCCUCGCAUUUUAUCCUAAAGCUAAUCAUACUGUAUAUGGCAAAGGAAUCGAUAAUCUUGGUACAUUUGUUGCAACUGGGUCAUAUUCGCCAAGAACGCUUCGAAUGGCGUUUGAAAAACGUUACCAAAAAGGACUAGGAGAUACAAGUCAAAAUCCUGGUCAAACAAUGAUAAUUCAAGCUGAAUGGAAUCCUAACACACAAAGCUUCGAAGGAAAAUAUUAUUUGAAAGGAGAAAAACAUCGUGAAGAGCAAAGGUAUAUGAUAAAGAUAGCAAAUGGAAGAUUUCGUCGAUAG